GGAUUUUUACACUAUAGGGCAGUUUUCCUUUUGUGAUAAGUAACCUGUGGAGAUGUUUUGAGACCGUGGAUAUGUCCUGUUUCCCAGGAACCGAUCACCCAGAGGUUUUAUGAUCCAUUCAGGAUCCUUGCUUGAAUCACAAGAUUACCAGUGACCAGUACCAAUCAUGCAAGUACCAGGUUAGUGAUAGAGGCCAAGGACAUCAGAAGAAUCAUCUGCUUUAACUAUUUUAACAGAAUUAGAAAUUUGUCUCCAGGCCUGGAACAAAUCUGCGUAUGAUUCUGAAAAGGAAAUGGCAGGCAUCUCCCCCUUCACAUCCUGAUAAGAAAUCAAGCCUUACCGGAGACAUUCAAGCAAAAGUUGGACAACUACUUUUCAGAACAGAAAGGAAACUCAUGCAUCAGAAAAGGUGACUAAUAAACAUACGGGAAGAAAUGGCUGCACAACUGCCAGAAUCUGAUCAGAUAAAACAGUUUAAAGAAUUUCUUGGAACCUACAAUAAACUUACAGAAACCUGCUUUUUGGACUGUGUUAAAGACUUCACAACAAGAGAAGUAAAACCUGAAGAGACCACCUGUUCAGAACAUUGCUUACAGAAAUAUUUAAAAAUGACACAGAGAAUAUCCAUGAGAUUUCAGGAAUAUCAUAUUCAGCAGAAUGAAGCUCUGGCAGCCAAAGCAGGACUCCUCGGUCAGCCACGAUAGAGAAGUCCUGAUGGAUGGACUUUCCAUGGAAAAUUGCCAAUAGCUUUACACUGGAAAUGAGGAUUCAUCUGAUAGAAUCCCCUGAAAGCAAUAGCCACCAUGUUACCAUCUGUCAUGACUGUUUGGCAAAUGGAGACCACUGGAGAAACAAAAUUGCUGUUUGCCAGGGUUAAUCAAAAUAGGAGGUCUUCUUGUUCUAUGGAAAUAGUAAGAUGCAACAUCUGUUGAGGCCUUAUGAUUCAGGAGCUUAGUCACUGGAUUAGAAAAAUAAACCAUUGUUUGUUCCAUUGUGACUAUUAAUUUUAAAGCAAAAUAUGUGUUCAAUCAUGAAUGAGAUAGAAAAUUUUUUUAUUUCUUAAAAUAAAUGGAAAUAUCACUGA